CCCAACGUGUCUAUCGGUAGCUCGCCUAGCUAGAUCCCUUUACCGAGUCUUUGCUGGAGGCGCCUACCCAUUUAGCUAGCUAGCAGCUAGUUAGCUUUAUUUCGAAACGAAUACGUUUCUGUUUUUGUAGCUAGCUAGCCAUAUUUACUAUGGAUAUUAUAAAGGACGGAUGGUUCACAGAGACAUGUACACUGUGGCCUGGACAGGCAAUGAGUCUUCAAGUAGAAGAGGUUCUGUACCAUCAAAAAUCAAAAUUUCAGGAUGUCAUGGUUUUUAAGAGUAAAACCUAUGGAAAUGUUCUGGUUUUGGACGGCGUUAUCCAGUGUACCGAACGUGACGAGUUUUCCUACCAAGAAAUGAUCGCCAAUCUUCCUCUGUUCUGCCACCCUAGUCCUAAGAAGGUGCUGAUCAUCGGUGGGGGGGAUGGCGGAGUCCUGAGAGAGGUGGUGAAGCACUCGCUGGUGGAGUCAGUGGUUCAGUGCGAGAUUGACGAGGAUGUUAUUAAUGUGUCUAAGAAGUACCUUCCUGGCAUGGCAAAGGGUUUCUUCAGUCCCAAGCUUACUCUAAACGUGGGAGACGGAUUUGAGUUCAUGAAGCAGAACCAGGAUGCGUUUGAUGUCAUUAUAACAGAUUCCUCUGACCCUGUUGGCCCAGCUGAGAGCUUGUUCAAGGAGUCUUACUAUCAGCUCAUGAAGACAGCCCUGAGGGAAGGCGGGAUUCUCUGUUGCCAAGGGGAGUGUCAGUGGCUCCACUUGGAGCUGAUCAAGGAGAUGCGCACUUUCUGCAAGACCCUGUUCCCUGUGGUGGACUAUGCCUACUGUACCAUCCCUACCUACCCCAGUGGCCAGAUCGGCUUCAUGCUCUGCAGUAAAAACACUGAAACAAAUUUCCGUGAACCUUUGAGAGUGCUGCCAAGGGAAGAAGCGGAGAGUAUGAGCCUGAAGUAUUACAACCCAGACAUCCACAGAGCAGCGUUCAUUCUCCCCGAGUUUGCCAGGAAGGUACUAAGUGAAGCGUAACUGACUGUCUGGACAUCACCGCUGUUCCUCACAUGGCCUUGAGUGCUACCAGAACAAAGACCCCUCACAGUAGCUGCAGUACUUGAACCUUUUGCCACUCUUCUUCUCCGCCCUGACCUGCUCGCCGAGUUGGGGUAGCUGAAGACCAGCUCUGAAAGGGGGCAGGGAAAGACCUCCAGUGGAAUUCUGUGCAUUUGAGAAAAGUAGUAGAUUCCAAGCUUCCUUCCAGUCUUAAAGUUUUAUUUUUGUACUUGUAUUUCGUUGUUGAUUUGAUGUCAUCUGUAUCUACACCCGUGCUGCAGUGGGGCACACUGGACCAAUUACCUACGAACAUAAUAACUUUGCAUGGAGCUACGGGCUAGUUUGCAAGUCCCCAGUAUGGUACUUAAACCUAUCCAACUGUGCUCAUAAUCAUUACAAAUUACAAUAAAAAAUAUUGCAGCUCACAAUUUGUAGCUGAACUGAAUUAUUCAAGGCCCGUAAGUAUUUGUGUGAGGAGAAAAUCUUUGUUUUAUGAUACAUUUAAGGGGGUGUAGAAAAGGUGUUUGGAUGGUUCAACCAUCAGAAAUGAUAAACAAUUGUACUAUAAACAUACUGACAGUUUUAUGAUACUGAAUAAUUUGUGCACUUGUGAUUCUUAUACACAGAACAUCUGAUGUAUCCAGCUUAAAGUAACACCCUUUCUAAUUCUCAGUUUGAUAUACAUUUCAUUGGUCUGGGGUCAACAGAAGCCUGAGAAUACUGGUAAAAAAUAUUUAGGGAAAUAUAUACAUUAUUUUAUAGGUGAGGUCAGAACAGCUCACACGUUGCAUUUUUGACAGCUACAGGGAAUGAUUAAUAUGUCAAAUGGUUUUGCAUGUGUACUUUUGAACUAUGUAACUUGUAAAUUCAUGUCUGCUAGACUUAAUGAAAUCCAGUUUGUUGCAAUUGAUUCAUUGGGUCUUAAUGCAUUUUUUUGCGUAUCUUAUUCACUAAUGUUGAUUACAUUUCAUUACAAUGUUAAAAUCAUGUUUCUUGAUUUGGCUUAUCGGCUGCAGUGUGCAGUGGGGCUUGGUAUGUGACGUGCAGGGAUGUUGUGUGGAGCACUUGUAAUUUGGUCAGUACAGUAACAUUUCUUGCAGUAGCACAUUUUACAAGGCUUGCAAACCUUUCUGAAGGGAGUUGAUGUUACACCUAAGCCGCGAGAUCAUGUUGUCAUGUGAAUAAUCAACACCCCUGUAAAAUAUGAAUUCCGAGUCCGUGAAGUUAACUGGAAUAUUGUGGCUUUUAUGAGUUGAAGUGAUAAAUGUGUUUGAGAGGAAUCACACAAAGUCUUCAUGACUAUAGAGUGUGAUAAGUACACAUUUUUUUUGAUUACAUUAGAGUGAAUUCUGUCAGCUGAAACCAACCACAUGGAGUUUGAUCCUUUAGGACUAAUCAUUCAUACUCCUGCAUUACUUGGUUAACUCUGAUAGAAAAUGUUUAGGGUUGAUUUAGUGUUUUAACUCCUGCAGCCACUGCUGGAGGUGGCUAGGUAAAAGUUAACUUGGAUGGGGGGGAGAGAGUUUAUAUCUUACUUAUACAUGUAUAUUAUUGCCAGUGGCUAUUGUAGGGGAUGAUGUAUACUUUUUUCAUUUCUUGUAAUCAUAUUUUUUCAGUUCAAUACAUUGUAAAGUCCAGUAACAAUGUUUUCAAAUAAAACGGUAUGUCCUCAA